UAAUAAAAAAUAAAAUAAAAUAAUUAGAGUUUGGACCCCGGCAAUUCAAAGUCACCAUCUUUUUAACCACCCUGGUAGCUGGGAAUUUAAAUGUAAGAAGAUUGCAGAAAGAAAGCUUGACUCUCAGACUGUGUAGUAUAAUAAAUUAAUAAUACACCAUGAAAAAAACUAUGCUCACCUUUCUUCUUGUUUUAUCAUCUUUGCUAGCAAUCAUCAACCCAUUUUCCGACGCCGUUGAUGUAAUAAACUCAACCCACGUUAUUACAGACGGCGGCGACACACUGAUUUCAUCUGGCGGGAGUUUCGAAUUGGGAUUUUUCAGCCCGGGAGAUUCCAAGAAUCGAUACGUCGGCAUAUGGUUCAAGAACAUUUCAGCAUUCACUGUUGUUUGGGUUGCCAAUCGAAAUAAUCCACUCACGAACUCAUCGGGGGCUUCGUUAAUCGUCACCCAGCCAGGAAUUUUAGCUCUUGUCAAUGGCAGUAACUCAGUCAUAUGGUCUUCCAACUCAUCGCGAGUUGCACGCAACCCGUUUGUGAAAUUGCUUGACUCAGGAAAUCUCGUUGUUAAAGAAGGAAAUGAUGAUAAUGAUGAAGACUACCUUUGGCAGAGCUUUGAUUAUCCAACUGACACAAUAUUAGAGGGUAUGAAGUUCGGUGUGAACUUCGUAACGGGGCAUGAAACUUACGUGUCGUCGUGGAAAUCGAGCGACGAUCCGGCGACGGGGGAUUGCACGUACCGUCUGGAUCCAACCGGAUAUCCUCAAGGAGUUCUUCGACGGGGUUCGGUUAAAGUGUUCAACACAGGACCGUGGAAUGGAUUGCGGUACAGUGGGAUGCCUGGAUUGAAAUCGAGUCCUUCUUUCGCGUUCAAUUUCGUUUACGACACGACCGAGGUUUACUACCGAUAUACGAUCCCCGACAAAUCGCUGAUUUCGAGGUUAAUAGUGAACCAGAGCGGCUUUGUGCAGCGGUGGACGUGGAUCGAACGAAGCCGGAUUUGGGCGCUUUACAAGAAUUUGCCGAUGGAGUGCGAUUCUUAUAAACAGUGUGGUGUUUACGGAAUCUGCAACGCUCAAAACAUUCCGAUAUGCGGAUGUUUGGAGAGAUUCGUUCCUAGAAAUCCGGUCGAGUGGGUGGAUAUGGAUUGGUCGAACGGCUGUCUUAGAAGGACUGAGUUGGAUUGCGCAACCGACGGAUUCGUGAAGUAUUCUGGAAUUAAAUUGCCGGAUACGGAGUUCUCGUGGUUUAAUGCGAGCAUGAAUCUCGAAGAAUGCAAAGAAUUUUGCCUGAAAAACUGUUCUUGCGUGGCUUACACGAAUUCCGAUAUAAGAAACGGCGGAAGCGGAUGUUUGGCUUGGUUUGGUGACCUCGUUGACAUUAAAGAAUUGUACGGUGAAGGACAAGACAUUUACAUUAGAAUGGCGUAUUCUGAAUUAGAUUCGGGAAGAAAGGGCCAUAAAAUAUUUAUAGUGAUCUUGGCCUCGUCACUGGGAGCGAUUCUCCUAUGCAUGAGCUUCGGGCUGUGGAUUUACAUGAGAAAAAAAUACUAUGUGAAGGUGAAGACGAGAGGAAGGAAUGAUGAAGGUGAUGGUAAAGAUCUGGAGCUUCCGUUGUUCGACUUAUCGACUAUAUCAAAAGCUACUCAUAAUUUUUCACUAGACAACAAGCUCGGAGAGGGUGGUUUUGGACCUGUCUACAAGGGCACGCUGGGAGGUGGACAAGAAAUUGCAGUAAAAAGAUUAUCGAAAGCAUCAUUACAAGGAAUACAAGAGUUCAAGAAUGAAGUUAUCUUUAUCGCUAAACUUCAGCACCGAAAUCUUGUGAAGAUUUUAGGAUGCUGCAUUGAAGGAGAGGAAACCAUGUUAGUUUACGAGUACAUGCCCAAUAAAAGCCUCGACUUUAUCUUAUUCGGUGAGCAAUUUCUUUCUGUUUGUUUGAUAACAAAUGAGGUUGUCAUUUUUUUUUUGUGCAUCACCAAAUCAAUUACUCUGUUUCAAAUUAAUGAUGGUUUAAUAUUCCAGCAUAU